GGCACCAGCCUCCCCAUCCAACUGAACUGAAUUGUACUGCAGUCGCGCUCCAUAAAGGAUUGUUGGUGUGACUGCUCCAGGCCGAGGCAAGCAUCGCUGAAUCACAUCUCAGGCCGAGGCAAGCAUCGCUGAAUCACAUCUCAGGCCGAGUCUGCUCUGGACUUUGGUUCGCUGCUGGUCCAUUCCUUUGGGUGUGUGUACAACAGGGCCAGCAGCAGUUUAGUCUUCAGUUUCGUUCGUCAUGUUCAGUCAUGUUCGCCGUAGCGAGUCUAGUGUUGGCUAGCUUAGCCUAGUGCAUGGCAACCAAGCAAGCUGCAUUCCCUGUCUCUGAGUUAACAGGUUUAAGUGGGACAUAUAUAGCUUAGGUUUUUCUUGCAGGAUAGUGAGAUCCCCUUCCAUCCCCAAUUUAAAAGCCAAGCGCUAGCGGUGGCUGGAAGAAGAGAUCCCUCCAUUCACUUCCAUUGACCCAAACAAAUCAUGGCUACUCCUCCGCGCCAUCCGGCGGUGAACGACGUGUACCUGACGCUCCUCGGCGCCAGCAACACCCUCGCCGAUGUCCAGCGCCGCCUCGACCUCGAGUUCCGUGCCUCAUACCCUGACCAUGCAAACCCAGCAAAACUGGUAGGGCGAUUGAAGCGGGUGCAGGAGGAGGUGGCUGCGCUCAAGGAUCUGUGCCGCGACCUCCUCGCCCAGAAGCAGAAGCUGAUCGACAUGAUGCGCACGAGUCUGGCUGCGCAGCGGAGCGCCACACAACGGCUGCUCGCCUCAUCCGGGCUGCCCCUUAUGACCGACGAGGAGGAGGCCACCUACACUAGCCUCAAGAAGGUGAUCGACGAGUGGACCGAUCAGCUGAAGCCAAUGGCAGGUGAUGCGGAUGGGGAGAAUGAAGACACCGAUCAGAUCCUCUUCUCCGCAAUCGUUUAGAGCGACUGAAAGCUCCUUGGGGCAUCGACAAUUUUUCUGUUGGAAGUUUUUUGUUUCCAUCUUGUGUGCGUUUUUAGCAGAUUGCGAUGGGCUUGUCAGUAAGCGCCUUGUUGAGUGGAUCUGAGGAAAACAGUGUUGAUUUCUUGGUUUGGGAUGUUGUUCCUGUUAUGUAUUUACCUCCAGUGUUCUUCA